CUAUUCCUGUCCCUCGGGGGUGUUGGGAAGGAUCCCAAGAGCCUCCGAUGGAUCCCAGCACGGAGGAGAUCCCGGGAACCCUUUUUUCCCAGAGCAGCAGUUGCUCACCGAGGCAGCUCCAAAUAAUUCGGGAUGAAUAAAUCCCUGGAUUCCACCACGCGGCUGCUUCGGGUUUCCCACUGGGAAGUCGUGGUGGGAAGGAAUCAACCCCAUCCCUGGUUUUGGGGAGCGGGGGGAGAGGCACCUCCGUGCCGUUGAGCGGGACCCAAAGCCCGCCCUGGAAGGUAGGAAUUCCAUGGGAAUUCCGUGGGAAAAGCUGAUUCCCUCCGCAGACUCGGGCGGCGCCGUCGGAAGCUCCGACGUCGUGAUCCUGCUGCACGGAUUCCCGACUUCCAGCUACGACUGGAGCAAGAUCUGGGAAGGGCUGACCCAGCGCUUCCACCGGGUGAUCGCCCUGGAUUUCCUGGGAUUUGGCUUCAGCGACAAGCCCAGGCCCCACCGCUAUUCCAUCUUCGAGCAGGCCAACGUCGUGGAAGGGCUCGCGCGGCACCUCGGCCUCCAGCGCCACCGGAUCAACCUCCUGGCCCACGACUACGGGGACACGGUGGCCCAGGAGCUGCUCCACAGGUACGAGCACAAUAAAACCGGGAGCAUCCUGAUCAACAGCCUCUGCUUAUCCAACGGAGGGAUUUUUCAGGAAACAUACCACCCCAGGUUCAUCCAGAAGCUCCUCCAGGAUGGUGGUUUGCUGUCCCCCCUCCUCCUGCGCCUGAUGAACUUCUUCUUCUUCUCCAGAGGGCUUGGAGCAGUUUUUGGGCCCCACACACAACCCUCCCAGGCGGAAUUCUGGGAUAUGUGGACGGCGGUGCGGAAUAAUGACGGGAAUCUCGUCAUGGACAGUGUUUUGCAGUACAUCAACGAGAGGAAGCAGCACAGUGACCGCUGGGUCAGGGCUCUGGUGUCCACCUCUGUCCCACUGCAUCUCAUCUAUGGCCCCCUGGACCCUGUGAAUCCACACCCGGAAUUUCUCCAGCUUUACAGGAAGCUGCUUCCCAUGUCCACAGUGUCCGUGCUGGAUGACCACAUCAGCCACUAUCCCCAGCUGGAGGAUCCCACGGGAUUCCUGAACUCGUACCUCAACUUCAUCAACUCCUUCUGAGCUGCUGCCGCUCCAGUUCUCGCCCUCUGCUUCCCAGUCAGGCUUUGGGGGGCAGGAAAAAAACCUUGGCUUUACCUCCCAGAGCCAACACUUUGAACUCAGGGCUGCACUCGGGCAGUUAAAUCCUUUGGAACACCGGGAAAACAUCAGGCAGGUGUGGGAAAAGCAAAGAGUUCUGGGAUGCCAACAGCUCUCCCACCCUCCGGACCGGCCUAACCCUGGAUUUAGAGGUGAACUCGGCAUUAAAUCAGUGUUUCUUCCUUC